CCCUGUGGCCGGCGCUCGGCUGGGGGCGGGAGGAAGAGGGGCCGGACUGGGGCCUGACGAGCCGCCGCUGCCGCCACCGUCCUCGCGGCUGCUAUGACUAGCGGGCGAGGCGCCCUCCGCAGCUCCGCGCAGCGCUAGUCGCGGCCGUGCGCCCGCCGUCGCUGUCUAGGUCCCCGGCGCAGCCGCUCCCGCGGCUCUCUCGGCUCUUCCAGCGCCGCCUUCGAGGCGAGGCGGAGGCAGGAUGAAGAUGACGGUGGAUUUCGAAGAGUGUCUGAAGGACUCGCCCCGCUUCAGGGCUGCUUUGGAAGAAGUAGAAGGAGAUGUGGCAGAAUUGGAACUAAAACUCGAUAAGCUUGUGAAACUUUGUAUUGUGAUGAUUGAUACCGGAAAGGCCUUUUGUGUUGCAAAUAAACAGUUCAUGAAUGGGAUUCGAGACCUGGCACAGUAUUCUAGUAAUGAUGCUGUAGUUGAGACAAGUUUGACCAAGUUUUCUGACAGUCUUCAAGAAAUGAUAAAUUUUCACACAAUCCUAUUUGACCAAACUCAGAGAUCAAUUAAAGCACAGCUUCAGAACUUUGUUAAAGAAGAUCUUAGAAAAUUCAAAGAUGCCAAGAAGCAAUUUGAAAAAGUCAGUGAAGAAAAAGAAAAUGCAUUAGUAAAAAAUGCUCAAGUACAAAGAAACAAACAGCACGAAGUUGAAGAAGCCACGAACAUUCUGACAGCAACAAGAAAAUGUUUUCGACAUAUAGCCCUCGACUAUGUACUUCAGAUUAAUGUCCUUCAAUCAAAAAGGAGAUCAGAAAUCCUAAAAUCAAUGUUAUCUUUUAUGUAUGCCCAUUUGGCCUUCUUCCAUCAAGGGUAUGAUCUAUUUAGUGAACUUGGGCCCUACAUGAAGGAUCUUGGUGCACAGCUGGAUCGACUGGUUGUGGAUGCAGCAAAGGAGAAAAGAGAGAUGGAGCAAAAACAUUCCACCAUUCAACAAAAGGAUUUCUCCAGUGAUGACUCUAAGUUAGAAUAUAAUGUAGAUGCUGCAAAUGGCAUUGUUAUGGAAGGAUAUCUGUUCAAACGAGCCAGCAAUGCCUUCAAAACUUGGAACAGACGCUGGUUUUCAAUACAGAACAAUCAAUUGGUUUACCAGAAAAAGUUUAAGGAUAACCCCACUGUGGUAGUGGAAGAUCUAAGGCUCUGCACAGUGAAACACUGUGAAGACAUAGAACGACGUUUCUGCUUUGAGGUAGUCUCUCCAACAAAAAGUUGUAUGCUUCAGGCAGAUUCUGAAAAGCUGCGCCAGGCAUGGAUUAAGGCUGUUCAGACCAGUAUUGCUACUGCUUAUAGAGAGAAGGGUGAUGAAUCAGAGAAGCUGGAUAAGAAAUCAUCUCCAUCCACAGGAAGCCUGGAUUCUGGAAAUGAGUCAAAAGAUAAAUUAUUGAAAGGAGAAAGUGCACUGCAGCGAGUCCAGUGUAUUCCUGGCAAUGCUAGCUGCUGUGACUGUGGUCUGGCGGAUCCACGGUGGGCCAGCAUCAACCUGGGCAUCACCCUGUGUAUCGAGUGUUCUGGGAUUCACCGGAGUCUUGGAGUUCAUUUUUCAAAAGUACGAUCUUUAACUUUAGACACCUGGGAGCCUGAACUUUUAAAGCUUAUGUGUGAGUUGGGAAAUGAUGUUAUAAAUCGAGUUUAUGAAGCUAAAGUGGAAAAAAUGGGAAUAAAGAAACCACAACCAGGACAAAGACAGGAGAAAGAGGCAUAUAUCAAAGCAAAAUAUGUGGAGAGGAAAUUUGUGGAUAAAUAUUCUAUAUCAUCAUCACCUUCUGAGCAGGAAAAAAGGAUGAUCUCCAAAAGUUGUGAAGAAAAGAGGCUGAGCAUUUCUAAACUUGGGCCCAGUGACCAAGUCAGAGUACCUCCCCAAAGUUCAGUCAAAAGUAAUGAUAGUGGAAUCCAGCAGAGCUCUGAUGAUGGAAGAGAAUCUUUACCCUCCACAGUGUCUGCCAAUAGUUUAUAUGAGCCUGAGGGAGAAAGGCAAGAUUCUUCUGUGUUUCUCGACUCUAAACAUCUUAACCCAGGACUCCAGCUUUAUAGGGCUUCAUAUGAAAAAAAUCUUCCUAAAAUGGCUGAGGCUUUGGCUCAUGGUGCAGAUGUGAACUGGGCUAAUUCAGAGGAAAAUAAAGCAACACCACUUAUUCAGGCUGUAUUAGGGGGUUCUUUGGUGACCUGCGAGUUUCUUCUACAGAAUGGUGCUAACGUGAACCAGAGAGAUGUGCAGGGGCGGGGCCCUCUGCACCAUGCCACUGUCUUGGGACAUACAGGGCAGGUAUGUUUAUUUCUAAAACGAGGUGCCAAUCAACACGCCACUGAUGAAGAAGGGAAAGACCCUUUGACCAUUGCUGUGGAAGCAGCCAAUGCGGAUAUAGUGACCUUGUUACGUUUAGCAAGAAUGAAUGAAGAGAUGCGGGAAUCAGAAGGACUUUAUGGACAGCCAGGUGAUGAAACCUACCAGGAUAUUUUUCGUGAUUUUUCCCAAAUGGCAUCCAAUAAUCCAGAGAAACUAAAUCGUUUCCAGCAAGAUUCACAGAAAUUCUGAGUUAUUUUAAGAAGGGGAAAAUAUUAAAUUGAAUGAUCCCCUAAUGUGUACAUCUGAAAUCUCACAAAUUUUUACUGCUUUAAUUCUACUUAAUUUUAGUAGGUAUUGAGUGGUUUGGAAAAAAGUUACCCAUUCAUUGAUAUUUUUAUAAAUUAAAACAUAGAGCUCUAGUAGUUGGGAGAGGAACCUAUUUUAGGACCUCUUCUAUAUUAAAAAAAGUGUUUAAAGGGCUAUUUUUUAUAGAUAAAGUUAAAUCUAGACUUAGGUCAUCUCUAGGUUAUAAGAUGCUAAGAGUUUAGACAAAAUCUCUGUUUUUGCCAAUGGGUGGUAGCAUUGAUUUUUUUUUUUCUAUACAUCAUGCCCAGGAUCAUUCAGUCAAGCAUGUCUGCAUCAAAGUGAGAGCCAGAUGUUCUGUCUGCCUGAAGAAUAUGUCUUUUUUUUUAGCUUCCCUAAUGACUUUUGGUGGUUCAAAAAUAUUUUUUUUUGUUGUUUUGUUUUGUUUUCUAGUAUCCUAACUAUCAUAUACACAAUAUGUAAUUUAAUUAUCAGAGCUAGAGAAUAUGUUUCCUCCAUUUGCUCAUAAAUGUAGUGAUACUCCUUAGAUGUCUGGUUAUUGUCAUGUAUGUUAACAUACGUGUAAUGGCUGUACAAGUAGACAUAACUCAGUCUUUUAGAUUUAUUCCAUUUUAUGAAGCAAAAAGAAGCCCUUAACAAUUUUUUUUUUUUUAAAUAACCAAAAGAAUCCUUACUUAUAGAAGUUGUAGUCCUUCAUUGUUGGGUUGGUUUCCUAAAACCUCGACAAAUUUAUUGAUGUAAUAAAACUGUGUUUCAAAGGUUA